GAGCUUGUUUGUGGUCUGGGCCCUGCAUUUGAUCCUAUCUUUAGUAGCAGCUUUCUGUCCAUAAUUGGGCUGUCCUUUUUACUUGUUGGUACCUGCCCCUGUUUGUUUGGAAGCGGAUUUAACCAUCACACAAUGCCGAUUCCCUUGAUUGCUCAGGGGUUCCAAGAGGGUAUCUCCUCUAUUCCCUAUGCGUGGACCGUUUUAAAGAUCGUGCCAUGGGUGCUGUUGGUUGCUGCUUUGAAGUACUAUUUUGGGGGUGCUCGAAAUGGAUCGGAGCGGUUGAUGCAUUCUAAGGUUGUGAUGGUUACGGGUGGAACAUCAGGAAUAGGAGCCAGCGUCGUCCACGAACUUGCCUCUCGCGGUGCCCAGAUCAUCCUCCUCACACAACAUGCUCCCUCAGACAUCUUCCUAGUUGAUUACAUUGAGGAUCUCCGAAAGUCAACGAAGAAUCAACUCAUCUACGCCGAGCAGGUGGAUCUGUCCUCACUACACUCGAUUCGCACAUUCGCGACAAAAUGGAUCGAUAACGUUCCCCCGCGCCGACUGGACAUGAUCAUCCUGUGCGGAAACACGGCCGCACCUUCAUCCGCCAGCCGAAAGCUGACCGUAGAUGGACUCGACGAAGAAUGGCAGGUGAAUUACCUCGCCAAUUUCCACUUGUUGAGCAUCCUCAGUCCGGCGUUGAGGGCCCAGCCACCUCAUCGUGACGUGCGGGUCAUUUUCACAACAUGUUCGAGUUACAUUGGAGCCAAAAUCGACCCUAAGCAGAUAGAGGCAGCUUGUACGCCCGAUGCUUCAGCGCCACGGGGAACGAAAAACGGCAAGAGUGUGAAGAAAGCAGGGGCUGGGUCGAAGAAAUCCAAAGCCAGCCUGUUCGGAGCGAGCAAGCUUGCAUUGAUGUCUUUCGCCCAGUCCUUCCAGAAACACUUGAAUGCUUAUGAACGUCCCGAUAAGAUGCCUCCGUGUACACGUGUGAUCGUUGUUGACCCCGGCUUUAGCCGCACUCCGGGUACCCGUCGCUGGUUGACGGGUGGGUCGCUUUGGGGGCUUCUUCUCUAUCUCAUCACCUGGCCUUUGUGGUGGUUGGUCCUGAAGUCGCCGCAACAGGGCGCUCAGAGUAUCCUGUAUGCUGCCAUGGAGGCUAGAUACGGCCGUGGCACCGGUGGAUGGAUGAUCAAGGAGUGUCAGGAGGUGGAUUUUGCUCGCAAAGAUGUUAGGGAUGAAGAGGCAGGGAAACUGCUGUGGCAAUUCAGCGAAGCGCAAAUUGAACUCAAGGAGAAGGAAAGUGCUGUGAAAAGGGCACUGGCCAACAAGGAGCAGCAGGAGAAGGAAAGCCAGAAGAACAAUGGCUCUUCCAGCUCUAAACCUGCAGCGAAAGAGCAGACUCCAGGAUCGCGAAGGAGCCGGAAAGCUAACAAAUAAACUGUACACUAAAAUCUGUUGAAAUAAAGGAAUUCAUAGAGCUUCAAAAAGCAAUUGGUAAUUUUUCAUGGCUUCUAUAUCUAUGAGUGUACUUGUGCUAUAUUUUUGAAAUCAUGAAGGAGCACAUAUAGCAAAUUAUUCAGUUAAGCAGAGAUAUGUGGCUCAACAAAAGAAACAAGAAAAGAAAUUCGUCUCAUCCAAUCUACAGGGCUUUUGUCUAUCGAGGGGCGAUUUCGAUGAUCCAUCCACCUUCGCAUCAUAGAUCCAAGCAUACGCCGGUAGAUCAUUUCCUUAGAUUAUAGUAAUUUAUUUCUUCAGCUGUUCCAGCAGCUCAGCAGGGGGCUCCUGCCGGUAGCCCUGA